AUUUGACAGCUCUUCACAAACGAUAAGAACAGUUUUCGGUGUUAAAUUUGCACAACAUUUUUAUUUAACAAUUUGGCACUGAAGAACGAACUACUUGUUACACUUGUGGGUUCCCAACAAUCAGAUAGUAUUAUCGAAUCCGAUUAGUAUUAAAACAAAGAAUUCGUUUCAAAACAAUCAGUCGGAAAAGUGAACACGUAGCAUCGCUCUUUGCCUACGCCGGUUAAGUGUUUUCAUUUUUCACAACAAAAAUGAUCGUUCCGUUAGUCGUAACGCUGCUAUGCAUAACGCAAACUUUAGCGCUCUAUCCCGCAAAUGGUGACGUAGUUGAAUUGACUCCAUCAAAUUUCGAUCGACUUGUUGUACAAAGCGAUGAGGUGUGGGUGGUGGAAUUCUUUGCUCCUUGGUGCGGCCACUGUAAAUCACUGGUGCCGGAAUACAAAAAAGCAGCCGCUGCCCUGAAAGGCGUUGUCAAAGUGGGUUCUGUCGAUGCUGAUCAACACAAGUCAUUGGGCGGUCAGUUCGGCGUUCAAGGUUUUCCGACCAUCAAAAUAUUCGGAGCCAACAAACGGUCACCGUCAGACUUCAAUGGUCAAAGAACUGCCCAAGGAAUUGUUGAUGCAGCUCUGUCCGAAGUGAAGAGCAAAGUUAAGGCAGCGUUGAAUGGAGGAAGCAGCGGUGGUAGUGGAAAGAGUUCCGGUAGCGGAACCAAGGGAAACAAAGAUGAUGUGGUUGAGUUGACCGAUUCUAACUUUGAUAAAUUGGUGUUGGACAGUGAAGACGUGUGGUUGGUUGAAUUCUUCGCUCCAUGGUGCGGACAUUGCAAGAACUUGGCACCCGAAUGGGAAAAGGCUGCCACCGAACUGAAAGGAAAAGUGAAAUUGGGUGCUCUGGAUGCAACCGUUCAUCAAGCAAAGGCACAAGAGUAUGGUGUCCAAGGUUAUCCGACAAUUAAAUUCUUCCAUGGAGGUCGCAAAGAUCGUGGUGAUGCCACUGACUACAGUGGUGGACGAACUGCACAAGAAAUCGUUACGUGGGCAUUGGACAAGUAUUCCGAUAAUAUUCCGGCACCCGAAAUCGUUGAAUUAACGUCUGAAGACGUGGCCAAGGAUGCCUGCGAAACCAAACCACUUUGCAUUGUGUCCGUUCUUCCGCACAUUCUCGACUGUGAUGCUAAAUGCCGUAACAGAUACUUGGACAUUCUGCGCGAAUUGGGCGACAAAUACAAGAAGAGACAAUGGGGCUGGCUAUGGAUGGAAGGCGGAGCUCAAUCGAAAGUGGAAGAUGCGCUGGAAAUUGGCGGAUUCGGGUAUCCUGCUAUGGCUGCCGUUAACAUUAAGAAAAUGAAGUACACAACGCUGCGCGGUUCGUUCUCCAAGGACGGUAUCAACGAAUUCUUGCGAGACAUUUCGUAUGGCCGUGGACAGACCGCUCCGAUUAAAGGCGCUGAAAUGCCGAAGGUCUACAAAAAUACGCCGUGGGAUGGUCAGGACGGUCAAUUACCGGAGGAGGAAGAUAUUGAUUUGUCGGACGUUGAUUUGGAUGAUGAUGAGGAUAGCAAGCCGGGCAAGGAAGAGUUGUAAAGUUAGCGGGUGUGUUAGAUGUAAAUUUAAUGAGACUGCUGUUUGUGUCCGGAGUGUGUGUGUGAAUGGGUGAAUGUGUGC